CAAAUAGAAGACCAUGCAGGAGUUGGUCAAGUCCCUAAUUUGCCUAGUAAACGACUAUAUAUUCAUACGUCGUGCCUUUGAUCUUUGCUUGCUAAUUCUUGCUGUUCGUCUGCAUAGCCUUGAGCUUCUUUCUCCGCAUCUUGGGCUUCUCACAUCACCUGCAGCCUGAAAGACUACCCUGUGACUCUAACACGAUGCCUCCACAGCAAGGAGAAGUGCCUUUAUCGACACUCUUUGCAGAUGUUCAUUACUACUUCUCCCCGCCCACCCAAAGUCCUCCACAUCACCGCUUCGACAAAGGCUCCUACGUCUACCUCUACCACAGUCCUAUGCGACAGAGUGGGCGUGUAGAGAUCGCGAAUCAUGCUGGGACACCAAGCCAGGAUGCCUUUGCUGGUCAAUUGGACUCGGUGAAGAUUCAGCAAACAUAUAAGCAUCCAUGUUUGUUCACUAUGACGGUUGAUGCAUUUCGCAACCCUAGUGGAAGCCCAGCGUCCAGCCCACACCAGGACCCGUCUCAAUGGCAUCUUCCUACGCUAGAUGCAAUGAACCAGAACAAAUACAUGUAUAGACUGCACACAGUUGACUUGUAUUUCUGGACUCCCAAGGAUGCGUCCAUGUUUCUGGAUUCUAUACGGCGAGUGUUGCAACCGCAUCAGCUCCAGAUCGUCAGCGACCCUCAGGCAACCCCACCACUGUUCGAGCAUAAGGUCGAUGCGAUGAACCCAGUGAUUGCAAAUCUAGAAAAGGCAGCCAUAUCACAAUCGCAUCGAAAACCAAGCAUCAGUACCACACAGUCGUUCCCCGGUCCACCAACUGCCCCAUCUCGCAUGGCAAGUCCACCAGCUGAGAAUUACGCACCGAUGGCCUACAAUCCUGCAGCUCCUGCCGCGCCUGAACCCAUCGCUCAUCGCGAGAAAACACCUCCCCCUCCUGAUGCUGACAACGGAACUGGCCUUGGAGCUGCUGCUGUGCACGAGCACCAUAACCAGCAAUAUAGUAAUCCACUGCAGGCCUCCUUCGCACCUCAGCCGACAUCGGGACCGUAUACACCUGGACCGCCAUCAUCAGGAUACGGCUUCAGUGGUCCACCAAACCCAAGCGUGCAACGUACGAAUACAGCAGGGUCGAUGCCGUCUCCACCACAGAGCCCUCCGUCAUUUGCCCCACCUCCACAAUCCGCCCCUCCUCCUCAAUACGAACAGCAGGCUCCAGCACAUCCAAGUCUUCAACGGCACUCGACUAUGCCAGUAGCUCCGUUGCCAUCUCCUGGUUUUGCACCGCAACAACAUUAUCAACCGGUAGCUUCGCCUCCACCAGGUGGAUUUUCCCAGUAUCAGUAUGGAAGUACGUCGCAACAGGCUCAAGGAGCCAACUCGCACAACAUGCACCAGCAACUGUAUCGACCAAGUGAGCAGGAAGCCAAUGCCCACGACCAUGAGUCGACAUCGCAGCCCAACUCGAACAUCGGAAAACGAGUAGACAAGGUCGAGAAGGGCAUUGGCAAAUUUUUGAAAAAGCUGGACAAGAAAUUUUGAGUAAAAUGCCGAAUUUUCCUUUUCGUAUGUUUACUUGUACUUGUAGCGAUUCAGCGAGCGAAUCUAGUUUUAAAUGAACGGACGGCGCAAUUGACCUGUUGAAACAUUU